AAGGGGCAAAAGGAGAGAAAGAGAAGAAAGAAGCAACAAACCCAGAAAUCGCAGCAGAGCCCUUUCUCUCUCGUUUCCUCUCCGUCAUUGUCACUGUUUCGAUGCCUUCCCGUAGAAGAACUCUCCUCAAAGUCAUCAUCCUCGGUGAUAGCGGGGUUGGGAAGACCUCUUUGAUGAAUCAAUAUGUCAAUAAGAAGUUCAGCAACCAGUACAAGGCAACCAUUGGGGCAGAUUUUCUGACUAAGGAAGUACAAUUUGAGGAUCGGCUUUUCACUUUACAGAUCUGGGACACAGCUGGUCAAGAAAGGUUUCAGAGUCUUGGUGUAGCGUUUUAUCGUGGUGCUGAUUGUUGUGUUCUUGUAUAUGAUGUCAACUCUGCGAAAUCAUUUGAGGAUCUCAACAACUGGAGGGAAGAGUUUCUGAUUCAGGCAAGUCCGUCUGAUCCCGAGAACUUUCCCUUUGUUGUUAUCGGUAACAAGAUUGAUGUGGAUGGUGGAAACAGUCGAGUGGUUUCAGAGAAGAAGGCUAGAGCAUGGUGUGCUUCGAAAGGAAACAUUCCAUACUAUGAAACCUCAGCUAAGGAAGGCACCAAUGUGGAAGAUGCGUUCCUGUGCAUAACUAAGAACGCGAUGAAGAGUGGUGAAGAAGAGGAAGAGAUGUACGUACCAGACACAAUCGAUGUCGGAACCAGCGUUCCACAGAGGUCUACAGGAUGUGAAUGCUGAAAGUAAUUUUAAUUACUACUUAAGCUCUCUCAUCGAUCACUUAUCUCACUUUAAGGUUUUUUUACCAUAUUGUAAAUGUGUUUUCUCUCAUGUAUAUUAUUUUUUAAAAAAUAGAACCUCAAGGAAAAAAAUAAAAUAAAAAUAGAACCUUAAUAAAUAAACCGAAUUGGACUAGUCGGUGUUUGUGGCCUAUGUUAAUUAUUAUGGAUCUCUUUUUUUGUCUGCA